UGUCAAAUUUUCUCAAUCGAACAUCACCUGACUCAGAAAAUUCGAAGAAAACACAGAAAAAAUUCUUUUCUGAGUGCAAUCCUCGCGUUUUAAAGUCGAAAAAAUGAAGAUUUGUGGCCCAAAACUAUCGCUCUGCGGACUGAUCAUUUCCGUUUGGGGAAUAAUCCAGUUGGCGCUCAUGGGUGUUUUCUACUACAUGCAUUCAGUGGCGUUGAUUGAGGAUCUGCCACUGCAAGAACACUACGAAACUGCUGCCCAGUUUUAUUCGGAUGCGGACAAAGCUUACAGCCAGAAUGCAUUCAACUGUUGGAUAGCGGCUUUAAUUUAUGUCGCCACUCUAGUCGUGUCUGGACAACAAUUCUACGCCAACAGCCGUUCGUCUGUAAAUUAAGCCACAAAUUCUCGUUUUAUUUAGGCAGAAUAACUCCCAACAGCAACCAACCAACCAACCCUUAAUCAGUAUAUAUCUAUAAAUAUUAAAGAAAAAACAAAAAUAUAUGUAUAAAUAAUCAAAUUUAUCGCUAGUUCAUGUAAGAAAACUGUUGUAAAUUUCUUGCAACUGAUAUGAUUUGGUCGAAAAUUCAGCACAAAAGGGUUUUCAACAUUCCUUGUUUAUAAUUUUUUCUUGAAUCUUGUUGUACAUUACUUGGAAAACGGUCUUUUGUUAAAUAGUAGAGUUAUAAAAAAGGAAUUAUGUUAAUAAAAAACUAUUAUUGAGUGUUCGAAAGAAU